AGCCAGUCUGACGAGUCGCUGUGCGACACCUCCUCCUCCUAAUCAAACCAACGGUCACCAAUCUACCACAAUGGCUGGUCGAGGCAGUGUGAGAGCCAGUGGAAACUUCAACGCCAACCAAGAUGCAGAGACCCUCUACAAGGCCAUGAAGGGACUGGGAACCGAUGAGGAUUCCAUCAUGAAGUUGUUGACGUCUCGUAGCAACAGCCAGAGACAGCAGAUCAAAGCUGCAUACAAGACCCUGCAUGGCAAGGACCUGGUAGGUGAUCUGCAGGGUGAACUGGGGGGAAAGUUUGAGACUCUGGUAGUGGCUCUAAUGACUCCGCCCAUCCUCUACGAUGUGACAUCACUACGGAACGCCAUCAAGGGGGCGGGGACCAAUGAGAAGGUGCUGAUUGAGAUCCUAUCUUCUAGAACGGCCCAGCAGAUUAAGGACAUCACUGCUGCCUAUCGCCAGGAGUUUAAUAAGAACCUGGAGGAGGAUGUAACAGGAGACACGUCAGGUCACUUCAGGAGACUGCUGGUCAUCCUGCUACAGGCCAGUAGACAGCAGGGGGUACAGGAGGGGAACAUAGAGGCUGACGCACAGACUUUGUUCUCUGCAGGAGAGAAGAAGUUUGGGACCGAUGAAGAACAGUUCAUCACCAUCCUGGGGAACAGGAGCACUGAACACCUGAGGAGAGUGUGGGGGAGUGGGGGGGGUGAACACCUGAGGAGAGGUGGGGGGUGA